AUGCCUCGCGGCAAGGCUGGUCGGACAAGCGCCACCGCCACCGCCACCGCCACCCCCCACGCGCGCCUCCCGAAGUUCGCGAAGCGCAAGGAGACGCUGAGGAACAAGGCCGGGGAGCUCGUGACGCGCUGCAACGUCGACGUCGCGGUGGCCUGCACGGGCCCCGGCGGCGUGGGCGACCUGGACUGCUGGCCGUCCAAGGCGGCGGUCGACCCGGUGGUGAGGCGGUACAACGCGCUCCAGCCGGCGGAGCGCGCCAGGCUCAAGGAGGACCUCGCCGACCACGUCGCGAGCGAGGUCGCCAAGGAGCGCGAGAAGCUGACCAGGACGCGGGAGUCCGGCUUGGCCAAUGCGUUCGGGUCGUAUGACGGCUCCCUCGAGGGCAUGUCCGAGGAGAAGCUCAGGGAGCUGCUCGCCUCGAUCGAGGCCGCCCUGGUGGCCGCGCGGGGCAGGGUCCUGAAGCUGAGAGCGCCGCCCGGCGGCGCGGCCGAUCGCGCCACACUCUCGCCGGGCCUCGUGCGCGACCACGAGGCCGCCGAGGAGGACUCCGCGUCCGCGACGAACAAUGUGGUGCCGCCGCCGACAGAGCCGCCGCGGGUGGCGGCGGGCUUGGGCCGCCGCCUUCCGGAGGAGGUCGUGACGGAGAACAUCGUGACGGGCGAGGAUCCCGGCGACGAGGUGCAGAUACUGCGGCCGCCAGGCGACGCCGACGCCGACGAUACGGAGUGGAUGCGGAACCUGGUAGACGAUCUCAAGAAAAAGCCCCAGCUGCACAGCAGAUAUCGGCCCCGUUCGCGCGUGCCCUUCAACCCGCCUUAG